AUGGGGUUGUUGCAAAUGCCUAUCCUAAAUGUUGUACUGGCGUCGGGUGUGCUCAAAGAGCUCGAUGAAAGCUCGAAUCGCGGUCGGAUCGGCUGCCUCAGCUCGGGCGGCAUGGAUAGAUCUACCGACUACCGAAUGGGUCCGCUGGUUCGCCGGAGGAACUGGGAUACCCAGCCGCGCCCAAACGGGCGGUCGUCACCGUUCAUGGCCAGCAAUUGGGUCGCAACAGCUCGUACUAUAGAAUGGGUGGGCGGCAUUGCGCGCUGA